AUGUCACAGCGAAAACUUCAACGAACUAGGCCCUUGUUAAAGCCAGCCAACAAAGAUCUUGGUCUUGCUGAUGUUAACCAACCUGCACAGCGGGCUGUUAGCUCUAAAACUCGAAGUUCUUCAAAUAGCCGCGCGACAUCUGCUUUACGAACUGGCCCUCAGCGGGCCUCUACAGCCUCUCACAGUGCCCCGAAAUCCCGAAACUCAAUUCAAAGUGCUAGAGGAGCGGCGCAGGAAAAGGAUUUUACUAAACCGACAAAGUCUGCCAAAGCGCCAACCAGUAUAGCGGAUCGGCCUGCAUUUAAUUUAGAUCUAGGAGGACCUCCAGCAUCAAGUCAUAGUCGCACCGGCUUGCGAGCCCCGGCGAAAUCGUCAAUUAAUGUACAUGCGUACACCACAAAGGAGCGUGCUGAGCUUUUUGCUCGAUCACGGGCUACGCAAAGCGUCAAGAAGCCACAAGAAGCAUCGGCUCCGUCUCAUCAUAAGCAAUCUGUGGCUAAUGCAUACAAAGCGAAGGCACAUGUCAAUGCUGCUCUUGAUGAUACUACAACCCUUAGUGACCAUAGCUUUAUUGGACGGUCGUCCUCAAAUAUAAGCCACUCAAAUCCGUUCAGGUCGCACUCUGAGCAAGCACGGUCCAUGCUAUCAGCAUCUGAUCUUACAUCAAGUGUAGGUAGUAGUAGCAGUGGAACUAUACGCUCAACUUCAAAGACUGCUGAUAUGUCGAGGCAAAACAAAGAUAUUAGGGCAGCUAUAAAUGCUGUUACCGAUGUCACAUACAAAAGUGGCAUCGAUUUGGCCACAUUUGAUGAUAAAUCCUUUGACAACUACUCAACUGCUCGGAAACUCAAGAGCGCAAAGACAAAGGAAGAACAGCAAAAGAUCCGACAGCAUCAGAUCUCAGAGCUCAUUGGAGAUAUGGCGCAUUACAAAGCCAGAAUAGCUUCUCCUGCAGACAUACGUUCUCCGUUUACAAAGUUCGGAACAACGAAGCAAACAGCAGCCAUAAAAGCAGCCACCGAUGCCUUGGAAAAGAUUAUCAACCCAAAGCGACCAGUAUUUGUAGAGCCCCAGCCGCAUAAAGCUUCCAAGUAUUCUGAACAUCCAAGCAGCUGCGUCGUGGAGACAGAGCAAAAGCAAUACCCAAUCAAGUGUUCGCUCUGCGGGUUAUUUCUAGGCAUGGCUACUGAUGCUAUUGACCAGGGUCCCACUUACUGUGCACAAUGUGCAGAGCAAAUGCGUGCUAACCUAAACUCAGAGAAAAAACCGUUACAGUAUAAGAUGCUCAUUAGUCCAGGAACAAUUAAUAAGCACAAGACCUCAGUGCCAGCCACAGCAAGUUCGCCAACGGUUGUCGAGACAAUGGUAGUCACUCAAAGUAAGAGUCCUCCUCUUCCAGAGCCUUUAACUAAGACACAAGCUCCCAUUUCCCCACCUAUAUAUAGUGUACAAAAUGUUCCUAGAAAGUCUGGGGUAAAGCAACCACAGAUCAUCGGAACGUCUGGUGGUGCUCCUCUUAUUACAUCUGUGGCUAGCGAUUUUCAACUAGCUUUUCAACCGCCCGUACCAGAGAAGUGGGAACCACUAGACACUGUUCAACACCUCCCUCAGCAAAAUUCACGCACUGUUAUUCAAGUUGUUGAUAAAGAAGAUUCUAUCGGACGAACCCCAAUAUAUGCUCCAUUUGAUGAGUGUAGCAUUGUACCUGCUGUUCCUAUUGAUGCAGCAUCUAAAUCCAGGAAAGAUGGCAGUGAAAGCGUUGCAAUCAAUACCAAGCCAAUUACACGAAAUGUCGGCAUAUCUCACCUCGAGAAAAAUACACAGGCACAUAAGCAUGCCCUGUCCCCACAUCAACGACUGAGUGACGAAGAGAUAGAAGAUCUUAUUAUUCAGCGUAUAGCUGAGUUACACAAGAGCGUCCAUCACAGACCAUCUUCUGUCUGUACAAUGAGUACACCGGACACCUACUCAUCCUCCACCACUUCUUGUUCAUCUUCUCAAGAAGAAGAGGACAUAAACAAUCAUGGGGGUAGAAGUCAUAGAAGAGCACGGAGACACCAAUCUCGGAAACACAAGCAUAGACAUCAUAGAUAUAACAGGGAUAAGGACAAGGAGUCCCAGAAGAUAGCAUAUAAAAACGGGGAACAGAUAAUUCUUGAGAAGGUUAAGUGCCCAUGUUGUGAUGAUAUUAUUGAAAUGCGCAUACUGAACGAUUGUAUAGAUGGAGUACCGAGUCAUAAAGAAAAGCAUGUCCAUAGAAAAAAGCGAUCCCACAGAUCCCAUCAGUGUUGUGCUAACGAACAAAACGCAAUGAAUAUGCACGCAUGUCUUUCGCUUCUAACAAAGCAGAUACAUGACGUUCGCUCCAAGAGUGCGGGACGUCUGGGGCAGCCCAUUAGUGAGCCAGCAAACACUGAGUCAACAGAAGAUGCACGGAGAAGGGACCGCUUGGCCUUGCUACAGAGGCUUGAUGAUCGGUUAGCAAGUAUUCAGGCCAUGUCUGGUGCAUUGUCGCUCGGUGUUCGAUGCUCGAGUGUAGGGAAUCAACAUGUGCAUUCUGCAUAUACUGUACUGGAGCCAGAGCAGAACUUGACACCGCUGAACGUCGGUGAUGAAGGGAAUCGCGUUGCUGUUAGUACUGAGAGAACAUCGGCUGCCUCCGCAUACGGCCUUGAUAAUCUGUUUGAGCUACAGAUGCCAGAGACGUGCCAGAUAGGGUACUAA